AUGGAUGCACAGCGUUCAACUAACAAGAGUGGUGCUAGGAAGAAGGAAACCUUCGCACCACCUACAGACGGCCGAGAUACACAGCGUUCAACUAACAAGAGUGGUGCUAGGAAGAAGGAAACCUUCGCACCGUCUACAGACGACCAGGAUGCACAGCGUACAACUAACAAGAGUGGUGCUAGGAAGAAGGAAACCUUCGCACCGCCUACAGACAACCGGGAUGCACAGCGCUCAACUAACAAGAGUGGUGCUAGGAAGAAGGAAACCUUCGCGUCACCUACAGACGGCCGGGAUGCACAGCGCUCAACUAACAAGAGUGGUGCUAGGAAGCAGGAAACCUUCGCACCGUCUACAGACGACCGUGAUGGACAGCGUUCAACUAACAAGAGUGGUGCUAGGAAGAAGGUUACCUUCGCACCGUCUACAGACGGCCUGGAUGCACAGCGUUCAACUAACAAGAGUGGUGCUAGGAAGAAGGUAACCUUCGCACCACCUACAGACGGCCGGGAUGCACAGCGUUCAACUAACAAGAGUGGUGCUAGGAAGAAGGAGGCAUUUGCACCGUCUACAGACGGUUAA